GAAAGAAGUCAUGAAUGAAAAGGAGCAGAAAGAAGUAUAAACUUAUAAUAUCUGCCCCUACUCGCAAAAUAAAAUCAACUACCAACUCAAAAGUUCACCGUCAGCAUAUGGAAAAAGUAAUUCAACACACAAAAUUACAACAAAACAAUACUUUAGACAAUAUUAUAACGCUUCAUCAUAAUUAUUUUCAAGUUUUUAUAAAACAAAAAAUAUUUUGACUGUUUUAUAUCACUAUCAAGAUCGUUUCACAAACUAACACCCAAAUAUAACGUAAAUAAAUCGUYCCAACUUGACUUUUGACUAUUGAGAAAUAACAAGUAUUUUUCUAACCAGCGUUAGCUCACASACGUAUUCUUUCCCGAAGUGGGGGUGAACUAUCUUGUGUGUAAAUACUCUCUGCAAAGGCUACUUCCGCGAUAGCUUCCGGUUUAAACAUGAYGUCGUUGUAUUUUGUAUUUUGACACUUUUCCGUCCCAAAUUUAAGUGGCACGGUCUUGUCGGUGUGUGUAAACAUGAGUUUUGCAGGGGAAAGCACCGAGCCUCCUGYUCAGUCUGCUUGUUUCACGUUUCGCCUCGCUUUUCUCGUUUCCGGUCCGUAAGAAACGUCGCUCCGCUAACCGCUGCAGCUGCGAUGUGUGAAGGAGACGAGGCGCGGGAGGACUGCGGCUCCCGGGAGGAGUGGACGCUGCUGUUCUGGACCUCUCUGGCCGUCAUCGUCCCGGUCUUCAUCACGCUGUGGUGCAGCGCGCAGCGCCACAAGCGGAAGACCCACAUGAGGGAGUUCUUUCGGAAGAGCAAACACGGCUGGCAUUACACGGACCUGUUCAACAAGCCCACCUACUGCUGCGUCUGCUCGCAGCACAUCCUGCACGGGGCUUUCUGCGACUGCUGCGGCGUCUGCGCCGACGAGCAGUGCCUCCGGAGGGCCGACCGGAGCCUGCCGUGCAAGGAGAUCAUGGCCCCGGCACGGGCCGAGGAUGGGCCCGCGGAGCACCGCUGGGUCCGAGGGAAYGUCCCGCUGGCCAGCUACUGCGCUGUGUGCAAACAGCAGUGUGGGACCCAGCCCAAACUCUGCGACUUCAGGUGUGUGUGGUGUCAGACCACGGUGCACGACGACUGCAUGGACAGCCUGGYGGAUGCAGACGUGUGUGAUCUGGGCGAGUUCCGCAGCCUCAUCAUCCCGCCUCACUACCUGCACCGCGUCAACAAGCUGCGCCGCCGGCACCCGGACGAGUUCGCCAAGCUGGGGGCGUUCUGCGGCGGCGGUGGCGGCUGGACUCCGGUGCUGGUGCUGGCUAAYACGCGCAGCGGGAACAACAUGGGCCAGGCUCUGCUGGGGGAGUUCCGUACCCUCCUCAACCCGGUGCAGGUGUUCGACCUGUCUCAGCUGGCUCCGGCCAAAGCCCUCCAGCUGUGCACCCUCCUGCCCSCCGGCAGCGUGCGGGUGCUGGUGUGCGGAGGAGACGGCACCGUGGGCUGGGUUCUGGACGCUGUAGAUGCCAUGAAGCUAAAGGGUCAGGACCAGUUCAUCCCCAGAGUGACCAUCCUGCCUCUGGGGACGGGAAACGACCUGUCCAACACUCUGGGCUGGGGAUCUGGGUACGCCGGGGAGAUCCCUGUGGAGCAGGUCCUCCGGAACAUCCUGGAUGCUGAAGUGGUCCGCAUGGACAGGUGGAAGGUGCAGGUGGCUUCAAAGGGCUCCUAUUUCCGUAAACCGAAGGUUCUGACCAUGAACAACUACUUCUCCGUGGGACCCGACGCCCUCAUGGCCCUCAGCUUCCACACGCACCGCGAGAAAACGCCGUCCUUCUUCUCCAGCCGCAUCAUCAACAAGGCCGUCUACUUCCUGUAUGGAACCAAAGACUGUUUGGUGCAGGAGUGUAAAGACCUGGAUAAAAGGAUCGAGCUGGAGCUGGACGGGGAGCGGGUGGAGCUGCCCAGUCUGGAAGGCAUCAUCGUUUGUAACAUCGGAUACUGGGGGGGCGGCUGCAGACUCUGGGAGGGGAUGGGGGAYGAACCCUGCCCCCCAACACGACUGGACGAUGGGCUGCUGGAGGUGGUGGGGGUGUUCGGCUCCUUCCACUGCGCUCAGAUCCAGGUCAAACUGGCCAACCCUGUGAGGCUGGGCCAGGCGCACACUGUCAGGCUGGUUCUGAAGAGCUCCAAGAUGCCCAUGCAGGUGGAUGGGGAGCCGUGGGCUCAGGGACCCUGUACCAUCACCAUCACCCACAAGACCCAGGCCUUCAUGCUGUACCACAGCUCCGAGCACACCGACGACGAGUCCAGCGCCUCAGAGACAGACAGCCCCACCCCUCGGGACUCUCCUAGACCCCCGGGGCCGGCCUCCCCUCGAGCCUGACGCCCCUCAAUCAUCACCUCCGUUCGCUUCAGUUCCACUCUCCUCUCACACAAUCAGGUUUUAGAGUCUGACAGGAGAGGUUAGAUUUAUUUGUUGUGACCCUGAGUUCAGGCUGUUCCGUGGGGUGGGCUUGCUGUUUAUUUGCACUCAUCCUUUGUGCGGUAUGGAGGACAGAUCGAAUUAACUGUGUUGUAUUUAUCAUAGCGUUUUUAAAACAACCCUCCUCCUUGAAGCCAUGUUUAAAUUGCCUGUGACAUGCAUAACCUACACACUUACAAAAAGUCAAAGAAAACGUCUUUAUAUUUAAGAAACUUAGUAUAAUACACAUUAUUUUACCCAUUUUGUCAUACAACUAACACAUCUUCUUUUUUUAGUUUUGCUCAGCCUAAAUCGGGUGGGUAAUCCUGGUCUUCGAAGGCCGCAACCCUGCAUGUUUUACUUUUUUCUCUGCUCAAACACACCUGAUUUGAAUGAAUGGAUGAUUAUCAGGCUUCU